UAGGAAUAUUAAAAAAAGGUCUAAUUCAUGUUUAUUUUACUUCGAUAGAUUAUUUAACUUUAAAAUCAAUUUUCCAACCAGUCGAACUGGCUGUCUUUGCUGGUGACGUAACAAACUCCAAGCGCGAUUCUUAGAACCAGUUAAAUAUUGCACAUUGUUUCGUGACGUAGGCGACGCAUCAAUGACAUCAUGGUUGAAUUAAAUUUUACUGGUUUCGAGCAUUGUGAUGAUCGUAAAUAGAAAGCGGGGAACCACACGACCGUUGCCUGUCCCGUGUCAAGAUUUGAUGAAGAAGUAGAAGUGGCUGUGUCAACGAUCGCGAAAACGUGGAUAACUUUUUGAUCAGGUGAUUCCGUUUUCAUAUUGUUAAACGUUCUUGUAGUACCUUUAUUUUUUGUAAAUUUGUAAUCGCUUCAUUUUUGAUUAAAGUUGUUAAACAAAACACCUCAAGCUGUUAAGUGUGUACUGUUAGGCCUACUGUGAUAUAACCUUCAUAUUUGGUAUGCAUGUGUAUAUGGACAAGGCCUUUCCAUACGCACAAAAUUACAGCUCCCGCGAAUAAAAUUCGUAGCGAGUCAAGUCGAGAUAUGAAACUAAUAUUAAUACAAAAUAAACGCUAAUCACUUUCUUACUGAUAUCAUGAUAUGGCUGGAAAGUGAGCGGCAUUUAAAAUUUAACAACUUUUAAUAAAACGGCGAAACAUACUUGUCUCGGCACGGACGAAAAACGAGGUCCGAUAAAAUCUGGCGAGGUCCGACAAAUUUUAAAAGUUAUCGGACCUCGUGUCCGACAAGAUUUUUGCGUCUUUCGCAUUGGUUGUUAUUAAUACAAUACAGUAUUGAUGAUUACAGACUUUGAAUACAGCUUGUAUGUACAAUAAAUCACAACAAUGUAUUUACACACUUUCAAACAUUUCCAUGUUAACGUAACAGAACGUUAACAAUUGUUCAUUGCCAUUUCAUGUUUUACAAAAUACCUGGAUCAAUGCUUGGUUUUAUUUUAUUUUAGAUAAGAUAGUAUUUAUUGUACCUCAAUCAAAAUAAGACGUAUGGUAUUUAAAACUAGCAACCGAUAAGUUCAAACACAUUGAACCAUUGUCUGUCUGAAAAUUGAAAAUGAAUUUUCGCCAAAUCCGAAAUUGACUUUUAAUUUCAAGUUGCGUUAAAUUGACUUCAUGCUUUAGAUCAGCAUGUAAUUGCUUGUCUUCAAAUAUUAAAUCAAAAUGUUGCUUAUAGAUUGUCUAGGCUAACACUCAUGGUAUUUUAGCGUCUCCAAUGCAGAUGUAUUAUUCUAUGUGAUAUAAAAAAGCAAAUCCUGACAAUAGCUAAACUUUAUGCUUUUAAACCAAUCAUAUGUACAUGUAUGAUACACAUGUUUUUAUCUAAACCAAGCUUAUGAGAUCUGUACAUGAACGUACUUUAUUUUUGUAGGUGACAAAAGAAUACUACUGUUACGGUCAUCUACUUGGAGUCAGUAUUGAAAAGACGAAUCUUACAUAUAAGGGAAUUCAUGUCGUGCGUAUGCAUGCCUAUCAACGAACUCAACACUAAGCGGCGCCUGCUAUGUAAGCAGGAUGGCCACCAACACCAACCUGUUUGCCGACAAGGAGACCAAUAACUGGAUCAAGGCUUCCCUAGCACUCAAUGUUACGAAGCAAGGAUUCACUAACUUUCUGGACACAGAAUUACAGAAUGUACACGCAAAUGUUGGUAAAAGUUGUGGAAACUGUCCGAUUGAAAAACUCAUACCAUGUCCUACAAAACCACACUGUAGCAAGAGGACACGGAAAUAUUGCCCUUUUCACAAAUCACAGAGACCACAACCGUGCCCAACAUGUGAUAACGUAAAACAGAAUAUCAUAUUACAGCACAGAUACGGUGGACCAUCCUGGAGGAACACUCGUGCGGAAAAAUGGACACACGACUAUUGGGAAAUAGGAAAAUGCUUUCUCCCUCCGGACGGUUAUAGCAGCGUUUCCUCAGUCCAGGAGUCGGACUUCAAUGGCGUGAUAAGCAUAAUGUUGAAUUGCAAACAUUUCCAGACAUGUCUCUCCUCCACAUGUCUUUCACCUCCACCGCCUAAUAAUCAAUGCCCACUAGAAAAGGUUCGUCAGAUCGGCCGAGAUGUACGUCACACAGCUGACUGCAAGGUUACAGAUGCUGACCUGCAAGACUAUUUCCAGACUCUGUCCACGCUACUGGCUGAUCCAAUCUGUCUUCAGCAUGAUUCCUUCGCAAUGACAGCAUGCACGAGACUUAGGGAUUUACAGAAUGAUCGCAAUUCCGUUCAAGAACUGGGUGAGCUGUUGAAAGAGUCCCAUCAAACGCUUACACAUGCAACAGAGGCGGGCGAACGUAUUUCUCAGGAGGCCAAAAGGACCUUGUCAAAAGCUAUGCAGAAAUUAGAUGCAGCUAUUAAGUGUGGGGAGCAACGCCUUAAAAGAGAGACAGAAGUUGGGGAACAACGCAUUGAAAGCAAGACACAUAUUGGAGAAGAACGUAUUGGAAGCAAAACACAGCAUGGGGAACAACUUAUUGAAAACAAGGCACGCGACGCGGAACUAUGCAUUGAACGCACUGUGCAGAAUGCCAUAAUGCGUAUGAACGAAACUUCUCAAAUAGACUACGAACGCGGCGUAGCAGGUUCGUAAAGGGUUUGUUGUACAUACAUGUUUGUCAAUAAUAGAAAUACCCUACAUACACGUCCGCAUUAUCAUUACGAAAACGAACGACGCCUCCCAAUUAAAAUCAAACUCGGACUUAUAAUCAAAAGCUCAUAUGUACAGAUAAGUGUUACGUUACAUAAUAAAGCGUAUGUGACUU